CCCAGGGGAACACGGGCAGCCAGGCUCUGGGAGCCAGAUUGCAAAUUCUUCUCCGUGACUCAGUCGGCUCCGCGCAGCGCAUAGUAGGCGGCAGCGGCGGCCGAAGCGGAGACUACCGAGCAGCAGAGCGCCAAGAUGGAGUAUGAGUGGAAACCCGACGAGCAGGGGCUUCAGCAGAUCCUGCAGCUGCUCAAAGAAUCGCAGUCCCCGGACACUACAACGCAGAGGGCCGUGCAACAAAAACUGGAACAACUCAAUCAGUAUCCAGACUUCAAUAACUACCUGAUAUUUGUUCUUACAAAGUUAAAAACUGAAGAUGAACCAACAAGAUCACUAAGUGGUCUUAUUUUGAAGAAUAAUGUCAAAGCUCACUUUCACAACUUUCCUAAUGGAGUAACUGACUUCAUUAAAAGUGAAUGCUUAAAUAAUAUUGGUGAUUCCUCUCCACUAAUCAGAGCCACUGUAGGUAUCUUGAUUACAACUAUUGCCUCAAAAGGAGAAUUGCAGAACUGGCCUGAACUUUUACCAAAGCUUUGUAGCCUGCUUGAUUCUGAAGACUACAAUACUUGUGAGGGUGCAUUUGGAGCUCUUCAGAAGAUAUGUGAAGAUUCAGCUGAAAUCUUAGACAGUGAUGCUUUAGAUCGUCCCCUUAAUAUCAUGAUCCCCAAGUUUCUACAAUUCUUCAAACACAGCAGUCCAAAAAUAAGGUCCCAUGCAGUUGCUUGUGUCAAUCAGUUUAUCAUCAGUAGAACUCAAGCCCUUAUGCUGCACAUUGAUGGAUUUAUUGAGAAUCUGUUUGCGUUGGCUGGAGAUGAGGAGCCUGAAGUACGUAAAAAUGUUUGUCGGGCUCUGGUAAUGCUGCUGGAAGUUAGAAUGGACCGUUUACUUCCUCAUAUGAUUAGUAUUGUUGAGUACAUGCUGCAAAGAACUCAGGACCAAGAUGAAAAUGUGGCUUUAGAGGCUUGUGAAUUCUGGCUGACUUUGGCUGAACAGCCAAUUUGUAAAGAUGUAUUGUAUCGACAUCUUACAAAGUUGAUACCUGUCCUUGUAAAUGGUAUGAAGUAUUCAGAAAUAGAUAUCAUUCUGCUGAAGGGAGAUGUUGAGGAAGAUGAAGCAAUUCCAGAUAGUGAACAAGAUAUAAGACCUCGGUUUCACCGUUCACGAACAGUAGCUCAGCAGCAUGAAGAAGAUGGUAUUGAAGAUGAGGAAGAUGAGGAAGAUGAGCUUGAUGAUGACGACACUAUUUCUGACUGGAAUUUAAGGAAAUGUUCAGCUGCUGCCCUUGAUGUUCUUGCCAAUGUAUUCCGUGAUGACCUGCUGCCACAUAUUUUGCCCCUUCUAAAAGAAUUGCUUUUUCAUCCAGAAUGGGUGGUGAAAGAAUCAGGCAUCCUUGUUCUAGGAGCAAUUGCUGAAGGUUGUAUGCAGGGUAUGAUUCCAUAUCUUCCCGAGCUAAUUCCUCACCUUAUUCAGUGCCUCUCUGAUAAAAAGGCUCUUGUGCGCUCCAUUACUUGCUGGACUCUUAGUCGCUAUGCACAUUGGGUAGUCAGUCAACCCCCAGACACAUACUUGAAGCCAUUAAUGACUGAGUUGCUAAAGCGUAUCCUUGAUAGUAACAAGAGAGUACAAGAAGCUGCCUGCAGUGCCUUUGCUACUCUAGAAGAGGAGGCUUGUACAGAGCUUGUUCCUUAUCUUGCUUAUAUACUUGAUACUUUGGUAUUUGCGUUUAGUAAAUACCAACAUAAAAAUCUGCUCAUUCUUUAUGAUGCCAUAGGAACUUUAGCAGAUUCUGUAGGCCAUCAUCUAAACAAGCCAGAAUACAUCCAAAUGCUUAUGCCUCCAUUAAUCCAAAAAUGGAACAUGUUAAAGGAUGAAGAUAAAGAUCUUUUCCCUUUAUUAGAGUGCCUGUCUUCGGUUGCCACUGCCUUGCAAUCUGGCUUCCUUCCAUACUGUGAACCUGUCUACCAGCGCUGUGUGAAUCUGGUACAAAAGACUCUUGCACAAGCCAUGUUGCAUAAUGCUCAACCAGAUCAGUAUGAAGCUCCAGAUAAAGACUUCAUGAUUGUGGCUCUUGAUUUACUAAGUGGUUUAGCUGAAGGACUUGGAGGCAACAUUGAACAAUUAGUGGCUCGGAGCAAUAUCCUGACACUGAUGUACCAGUGUAUGCAGGAUAAAAUGCCUGAGGUACGACAGAGUUCUUUUGCGUUGCUAGGGGAUUUGACCAAGGCAUGUUUUCAGCAUGUGAAGCCCUGCAUUGCUGAUUUCAUGCCAAUUUUGGGAACAAACCUAAACCCUGAGUUCAUUUCUGUGUGUAACAAUGCCACAUGGGCAAUUGGAGAAAUUUCAAUUCAGAUGGGUAUAGAGAUGCAGCCUUACGUCGCUAUGGUUUUGCACCAGCUUGUAGAAAUCAUUAACAGACCCAACACACCAAAGACUUUGUUAGAAAACACAGCAAUAACAAUUGGUCGUCUUGGUUACGUUUGUCCUCAAGAGGUGGCCCCCAUGCUACAGCAGUUUAUAAGACCCUGGUGACUUUAUAUUUUUUUGUGAUGCUGUUGCAUCAUGGAUUAGCCCAAAAGAUGAUCUCCGAGACAUGUUCUGUAAGAUCCUUCACGGAUUUAAAAAUCAAGUGGGAGAUGAAAACUGGAGGCGUUUCUCCGACCAGUUUCCUGUUCCUCUAAAAGAGCGCCUUGCAGCUUACUAUGGAGUUUAAUCUCAUGUAUUCAAGCUGCAGUACCAUAAUUAGAGGUCCUUCAGUCUGGAAGACUGGGAGGAAGCCUCUGCACCCAGGGAAAAAUGUUACCCUUUACUGGGGGGAAGGGUAAACCAGUAGGGAAUACAGUACAAUCCCAAGCCUACUGGGAGGGGCGGGAGGGAGGUGUUGCCGUCACUGUAUUAAGCCGAUGUUGGGAAAUGUUUUAACAUCUGGAGCUUUUGUGGGUGGAAAUCUGUCUCCUGUUACAAUUCUGCACUGGAUGUGAAGAUGCGCAAAAAAGUUUGUUCACAACAGCACAUUCUACAAUAUUAUGGGGAAUUGUACCAAAAUGAAAUUAUAAAAUAGAUCUAUAGGGGAUAUGUAAAGAGAAAAUACAUUGUGUUCAUGCGAUAAAGGAAACAGAAGAAUGGCAAUUACAGACAGUUAAUGAUAUAACAAGGGGUUUCUGCAUUGUUUCAUCUUGAUGGGAUUCCUAAGUAUUGCAUGUUGAUGAAGAACUAAACAAAUGAAGUUAGUACAGUUAAGGUGAAGCUUGCUCCCUGUAUUAGGAGUAAGCACUUGCAGUAUACAAAUUUAAAUAACCCCAUAAUGAAGUAAUAAAAGCUAAAACAAACAAAUGAAGCAACCUGCAAGAUGCCAAAUGAGUCACUCCUUUUCAUUUCUAGUGGGCGGGGGGAAACGGGCAUUUCAGAAGAAAGAUUAAUCUUUUUAAUUUUCCAUUUAAAGGGUAGUAGAUAUGAUUUGAUGGUUGUGCUUCAUUAGAUUUAAUUUCUAGAGUAAGUCAUAAUUCUUAAUGUGCAGUUUAAGGUUCAGGCAUGCAUUUUGGGUCAUAGUGAUCAAGCAUAUUUUUAGUGGGAAAGUUAGCAUGCUUGCAUCAAGGAGUGAGAGUGGUAAACAUUAAUUACCUUGCGCCAGUUUUGUGUUGCAGUUUACCAAUUCGUGCAGUAUAACCCUGCAUUUAAAAUUCCUUGGAUUUUAUUUUUAUUAAGAUAUAAGUAUAAAAUACUGUAGUGACAAUUAGGCCUCAAAAUAAUUUUUAGGAUCUCUUAGGAAUAUGAUUGAUAUUGUAAUGUGUAACCUGCACAAUGUGGAAAGCAGAUAUAGCUGUGCAAAAUAUUGACUGUGCUGUCAGUGUGAUGUGCUUUCUGCAUGGUUAUACUAUUAGUGAUUUUUAUCAAAUCUUCUAAAAUGAGUUAUAAGGUAAGACCUUAGUUAAAGGUUACAUAAAUGUUAGUUGAUGCCUAAAGACAAUUGUAGAAAAUUGAUGAUAUGAUUGCUACAUUUCAGUGUUUAUUCACACCCAACAUAUUUUAUUAUUCCCUCCUCCACAAAGCAUGAUCUUAAGAGAUGAAUAAGUUAGUAUAUAUAAAGCAGGGUAUCUACACUGUUGGCGCAUGUUGGGGGCCCAUUGUGUCCUAGAGAGACCACAGAAGGGUGCAGGUUAAAAGCUAUAGAGUGAAUGUUCGUUUGGAUCCUUUUCAUUUCAUUUGUUUAGCUUUUCUGCUUCCCUUUUCUAUUUGCUUGUAUUUCUGUGAAUAAAUCCUUGUUAAGUUUACCUUUUACUUUUCUUUCCAUGUGUAUUUUCUUAUGUACUGUGAAUGUGAAAAUCUAACUGGUACACUUGAUUUUGUGUUACUAUAAAAGUGAAAGUGUGAUUAAUUUAGACUGCAUAAAGAGUAUCCCAUGAUGAUAAAGGAAAAAUGGAAAGACAAUAACUCUGCGGGUCAGAGAAAAAGCCACACUUUUCCAUUUUCCCUUAAGUGCUGCAAAAUUAAUCUGUGCAAAAAAAGAAAAGAAAAGCCAUAACAACCGCCUUACAUUUUAGCUUCUCACCUUUACAUUGAAAAAAAAAACAUACUGGAUAACCGUUUUCUAGGGAAUGAGUGUAUGAUUUUGAUUCUUUUUAAGGUCUAUUGUAUGAUUUAGCCAUUGCACUGAAGAUCAACCUUGUAUGAGUGUGAAUUUAUGAAAUGUUAUUUCAGGCUUUUUUAAUGCAUGGGAGCAUGCACAAGUCCUAUACAUUCCUUUUUUUCCUUUGUAAAUUUCAUUGGGGUCAAAUAUGUUUGAAAAUGAUUUAUUACAAUAUGUCCUGUAUAAACGUCUUAUGAACAGGUUUAUGCUACUAUGCCAUUAAAACCACUGGAAUAAAAUUGCAUAUAGUGAUCUACUUUCAACUAACUUGUUGUAUUGGAAGCCAGAACUUUCAGCUGACCUUUGCUCUAGCUUUUUCAAUUAAGGAAGUAGAUUCGAAUUCCGAAGAAAGUAAAUCUUAACAUUUAUUAAAGCCAGAACUUGACUUUUGGCAAGACUUUACAUUUCUAUAUGGAAUUCUCAAAGACAAAAUGUUAUUUAUUUUGGCCCUUCUGUUGUUGAAUUUGAUAGUUGUCGAUAACAUUAAAGAUUAGCGCAUAGAAGCUACUUAUAUAGAGAGAUAAUUUUAUUACAUGGGUUAAUAUAAAGGGACGUGACUGUUUAUUGUAAUUUAGCUGAUCUCACAGAAAAGUAACAAAGCAAUACUGCAGUUAGAAUUAACAAAUUAAAGCUUCAUAGCAAACAAUAUUCAUAAUGAAUAAAAUUACAAUAUACUUGCAGAAGCUGCUUGGUAUAGAAUUUGAGGUAAGGAGAAUUUAAUACAACACUAAGUUGUAAAUCAAAUAUAUUGCAUCAUGGGAUAUAUAAAACAUCUUAAUUCUUUUUGUGUAUUCUCGACAGUUUUGAAUGUUGGUUGAAUGUUGUUCUGUAGAAUUGUAUGUUUGUCUUUGUUACAUUCCAGUGUUCUCUGCCUCUUGGCAUGCUACAGGCACGGCUUACUAAAUCUGCUCUUUACACAGUGAAUUAAGUGCUUAGUGUGCUAAACUACAGAAAUAGCCGCUGCUAAGUGAUGUAGAUUUUCUACUUGAAUAUUUUUGUUGUAGAAACCUCAGGAGGUCAGUGUUUACUGUUUUAUAUAUGGCUUUGUUUUCGUGUUGAAGGCCCCUUUGCUUUUUGAAGGAUUCUAACAAUGAACAAAGCUGCUGAUCAACCUAAGUUGGUAACAGAAAGUAUAUUUAAAUAUAUAUAUAAAUAAAACUAUCUCCUUUGCAGUUCAACUUGGUUAAUGUAGAAAGAGUUUUUGAUGGUUGAAUUUGUGACUAUUAAGGGAAAAAGUCUUACCUAACGUCUUUGUUGCAUUUCUUUAAAUUGAAGGGGAAUGGAUAACGUUUUGUAAGAUUUUUAUCUUUUUUUUUCUAAGCUGGUAUGUAGAAAUCAGGUCUUUGAUCUAGAUUUCAGUGUUUAAUGGUAUUUAAUUUGAAGUACUAUACAUUUCAGAGGACUCAUUUCCAAGUAAGUAUGCUUAGGACUGUAGUCUUGGUUUAUUGCCAUGCUGAAGAUGAAGUUGUGGUAACUUUCAUAAAAUACAUAGCCAAUAGAUUUUUUUUAAGUAACGUUACUUUUGUAAUAAACAAUAUUGACACUGUGAUACUUCUUUUUCUUUAGCAUUGGCAUUGAAGUAUUUAAGCUACAUAAAUACUGUGUAAUUUAGAUUUAUACUAUUGUAAGAGGAUUUCCAAAGCUGAAAUUUCUGUUAUUUAGAUAAGAAAUAUUCAUACUAGUUUUAUCUCAGGUAAAUAAUCUUGUACCCUUUUAUUUAGAUAGAGGCUUAUUUCAUAAGAGUACCAGUUUGUUCUUCAUAUAGAACUGCCUGAUGUCUUAAACUUUCAUAUCUAAAUUGAGUUACUAUGGGACAGCAAUUACUUAUUUUAUUCAUAUUGAAUGUAUUAACAAGGAUGUAUAACAUUCUUUUAAAGAGAUGAAUGCAUCUGUAUGAAUAGUACCCAGUAAUCACCAUAAAAGAGACUUUGUAUUGUGCAGUGCAAAGUUAUGUUCCUGAUGUAAAACAAAAGAGAUUAUGACCUGGAAUAUGUUCAUAUCUAAGUAGCCUAGGCUUUUUGGGAAUAAUGCAUGCCUAGAGAAAAAACAUGAAAAUUAUCCUUUUUUCUGAUAUAAACUACUAUAUGCCAAGCAGUAAUCUCUUAAAUUAACAUUGCUGUUUGUAUGUGAAUGAUGUACUGUGGUAAACAUUUGGCUCUACGGUAUUUUGAUUUUGAGGUGAUUAGAUUAACAACGUGACAGUUUAAUACUGCACGGAAAUUUCUGAUGUUCUUAAUUUAAAAUGUCUGCAAUUUAAAGCUAUACUCUUUAUACUUGCUUGUCAAAUCAAAUCAGUGUUUAGGCUGUCCUGAUUGAAAUUUUAAUAUGGGCAUAUACAGUGCAGUUUCAUCACUAAAAGACAGUGAAAACGUAACAGAGAAACUUUAAUAGUUAUAUUAAAGUAAUUAUUUGAUCUUAUUUUGCUGGAUAGAUGCACUUUUAAACAAGAUAGUUAAACUUCAAAUUAAUUGUAGCAUUGAUGAUAUGUUAUUUCCCUAACUUUCCCCACCUAAUAACUUGAUUCUUGUGUGACAGUUCAUUUUAGAAUCAGUACUACUUUUGUAUGUACAAUUAAAACAUUUUGGAUGGCACAUUUUUGUCUUCUUUCCCCUGAAGACACUACACUUUUUCUCCUAAUCAAGUUUACCAUAAGGUUGUUUAUUUGAAUUGGAUUACUAACGAGAGUUAAAUAAUGUAGUCAGAUCUUUCUGCUGACAACUUAGGUUGUACGAGUUUGCUUGAAAGCAUUAAAUUGGAUGUGUUUUCCAUAUGUGUUAGAAUAUUCCCUUCAAACAUAUCCUUCAGCAACUUCUCAAACUUUAUUAAGUUGAUUUUUCUUGUCUGCCUCUGCCAACAAAGCUUCAUUUUAAACACAAUAUGGUUUCAAUUUUUGAUAAGCUGCUGAAUUCUAAAGAAUUUUUGGGGCCACUAAAUAUUUUGGAUCAUGCAGAGAAUAUAUAUUGUAAUGUAGUAAUUUUGUAUUUACAUUUGUAUGAUGUGAUAAUAGAUGUGAAUGUUAAUCACUGCUUGACUAUGUUAAUAAAAUUCGUUUAAAUAGA